GUGACGCCUACCGUUCACUGCGCGCGCUCUCAUAUCAACACAAAGCUCUGGAGCUGCUCCUGAUAGUGUCCAGUACAAACCAAAACGAGGAUUUCAAGCUUCGCAAGUAGUUUAAAAAUCGGGAAAUGGACCAGAAAGACACAGAAAUGAACGAAAAAGGAGUUUCUUCUUCUACCAGUGGAGUUGUUGUUCAAGUCAGAGAGAAGAAAGGAGCUUUACGCGCUGCCAUCCCCUAUAUGCCUUUCCCAGUAGCUGUCAUCUGCCUGUUCCUCAACACAUUUGUGCCCGGACUGGGUACAUUCAUCUCAGCCUUCACGGUUCUGUGCGGAGCGAGGACAGAUCUUCCCGACAGACACAUGUGCUGCGUUUUCUGGCUGAACAUCGCAGCCGCCUUCAUCCAGAUCGUCACUGCCAUUGUCAUGGUGGGCUGGAUCAUGAGCAUAUUCUGGGGAAUGGACAUGGUCAUUCUUGCAAUUUCUGAAGGCUACAGGGAGCAGGCCGCCCCUCAGCAGCUCUGAUUGCCGUCCUCCAAACCUAAUCCUGAAUGUGCGCCUUUCUCCCGUGCUGUCUGGCCAACACGUAUGGGAGCUUUGAGAUGACCCCACGUGGCCUGGGAGAUCCAGGGGUUGAUCACAUGAUUCUCAGCCCAACUCCUGCUACUUCCUGUCAGGUACUGCGUCAAGGGCACCUGACUGUUGAGGGACAGCAGAAGAGCAUGAACAUUCUGUCAAUAUCACUAAAAAUUGUCCAAACGUGCGAACCGUCUAUGUGCCGAACACAUCCUAUACCUGUCAGGGAAAAUCGAUCUUAAUCAUACUCUACUCUGUAGUCUUAAUGUAUUAAGCUGACCAAUAUACACUAUGGACAUUUGAGUUUGUAAAAUAACUAUAUUUGUUAAAAAGCUUUGAGGUAUCUGAUGAAGUAGCUGAAAGAACCUGCAUUAUUAACUCGCCCUCAUGCCUCUUCAUUUUU